GGCGUUACCGCGCGCAGGAGUAUUCAUAUAAAUUUUGCGUUUGUGCGAAACAUCGCGGUGGAUCAGUUGGUUCUCUCUUAGUCGAGGCUUUCCUUUUAUCAUUGGUUUGAAACGAGAAAGAAAUUUGCGAUAGCCGAAGGGAAAUAAAAUAUCUCCGCGAGAUUCUUUUUAUUUACACUUGUUUCCCCGCAAGCCGAUCGUUUACCAGGGGAAUCGUCGCGUUGCCGCACUUCGGUCCCCUUCGAUGGCGAAGGCAAGCGUCCACGAUGUUUGAAGAGGUCUGUUUGACCUUAGGAAAUCGUAGCUGUGACAGCAACAAAAGUUUGUUGGCAUCUCUGCUGUCCUUUAUAUACCAAUCGCAAAAAAAUACUCUUCGACGCUCGUUGACGUUGUUAUUUACCACUGAAAAGUAAAUUUUGUACUAUGUUUAUAACAGGAUAUUUUUGUAAUUCUUAUAGCACGAUAAUGUCAACGUUCUCGAUUUCUAUUUGAGUGGCUGCUUCGAAUUGCAAAUGUGAUACGAAGCGUUCAUCGGACUGUCCUUUUUUUAAGAGUUCGAAGGGUCCAGCGUAUCCUUUAAUCUCUUUGUCUGUAGAUGAAUUCUCGAAGAUUCUUUCUCACCCUUUGGGCUAUUCUCCGAAUCACCGCGUCAUGCCGUAAUGGCAGUGCGUAGAAGCAAAAGAGUCGAGAACCAUCGUAGAAGGGAGGGCAACUCGACAAUUGGGCACGGGGAUGAAAAUUCAAUCCACUCUGGAAGGUUGACGCGCUGUUCGUAGAAGACUCGUGGCGAACCGGCACAACAAAGAGUUUCGUGUUUCAUCAUCAUUGUGGAAACGCAAUGAGCUCGCCAGAGAAGCUUUCUGCUUUCGCUUGGUAAAUUAAAAAAAGAAGAAAAAACACGAAGGCAAGAAAAAAUUCUAAGGAAAGGACAAACAGGGAUCAAAAGGGAUAGCAAGGGCAUUCAUCGAGUUAUCGAACUGAGAUGACGAUAAACAGUCCCGGAGAAUCGAUACAUUUAAAGUCCCCGCGAAGUCUCCGUCAGCUACCACACCACCUCAAAUCCCCAUCGAAGGACGCAGAAGUCCCACGCAGUUGUCUGUGAGCAAAUCACCGGGCAAGACAUUGGUUUUUGAGUUCCCUCCACAAUUGUAUCCGGGGACACUCAAUACAAGUUUCGUUCGUCAGUAGGAAGUUAAAACGUUUCAAUAGUUAGCAAGCUGUUCGAACAGGAAAUUGGGAAGCCUUCGAAGCUUCGUUGAUAUAUUUACUGUGCAUUCUGUCGCAAUUGGAAUACUUCCAAAUGUAAGUGAAAAAAGAUUAUGGUAGUUUGUUGAACGUAAUUCGAGCGUUUGUCUUCGCGAUCGGUAACGAUCGGUAUUGGUGAAACGGUGGUUGAACUCCUAAUUAGAAAUUCCAUAUGUAAACUUAUCCAUCUCUUUGCCUUUCACCUUUCUAUCGGUUUAUUUACUUUUUUCCGUGUACCCUUUGCUUUUAAGAUUGGGCCUACAGAGGCAUUUUUUACGCCGCCUGUCGCGUGUCGCACGCGGGAAACACAGCACGCUGGCAAUGUUUAGUGUCGGCGUGUAACACGCAGCGUAUGAAACGUCCGUGUAAUUCUGGCUUAAAAUUGAUUUCACGCUACUUUCCAAUAUGUACGUAAGUGUGUGGAAAUGUUAACCGCGGUAAGACAAAGUAUUUUGAAGUGCGAACCGACGCGAUUGUUGAAUCGUGUGUAUGCGCGGACAACGGAAAGAGAGUCAGUCUUCGAUUGGUAUGCGAUGAGGACAAUCAUAUUGUGUUCGGAAUUUUAGUUGGCCGUCCGUUUAGGGCACCAUUUCCCUCAUUAGAAAAUUCGGAAUUAUCGGUCCUCUCAGGUCAGCAAACGUAUUGACUCGAGGCCAGGAAAAACCCAGGAAAGGACCAGCCGGAAGGGCACGGUGGAAAGGAGAAAUUCAACGGCGAGGAGUUCAGCUUCAACCAUCGGACAGUACACACAGGACGACAGAGUCCUAACUUAGUUCGGUUAAGUGCUACAACGAAUAUAAAUAAAGUGCCGUCAAAAUCUAACACUCGAGUUAUUGAAUACUUGAACGUUAAGUCAUUCGAGGUACGCGAUAUCGACCGAUCGGUUUGACCUGACCGGUUGAUCUUUAGUCGAUAAUACGCAACAUAUUGUAGUACCUUUUUACAGCAUUUUUCGAUCAAAUUAUUUUUAAAAUUUCCCUAUUGGUUUUCUUCUUCGUGCGUGAAAACGGCUCCUCCUACGUGCAUGUAUAUAUUUGUCUUAUAAAUUUUUAAGGGAUUUAUUUGACGUUCAUUACGUUCGUAGAAAUUCGGAAGGGCGAAUAACCGAGAGAGCAAACAAAGAACGAAGAUAACUAUCUAAUUAAUCGAAUGUCCAAGUGAUAUCUGUUUGUCUUGUUUGUUGGUCUUUUUGAACUAAUAGCCGGGCUUUAAUUAACUGUCUAUCAAUAUGUUUCAGUGCCGGAUCACAUCAGGCCGCGAGUACAUAGUUUACCAGAGAAAGCGUACAAUCCGAGAGCCGGAGAGGAUCCGUAUAGACUUGGGGCAUUCAGCAUCUCCCAUAAAGGCGUCGUAAACCGUGGUGAUUCGAUUAUCUCGAGACGUCGCAGCAGCAACACUUCUGUCGAUAGUAGCAGAUGAAUUCUCGGAGAUCCUUUCUCACCCUUUGGGCUAUUCUCCGAAUCACCGCGUCAUUCCGUAAUAGCAGUGCGUAAAAGCAGAGGACCAUCGAGAACCAUCGUAGGAGGGAGAGCAACUCGACAAUUGGGCGCGGAGAUGAAAAUUCAAUCCACUCCGGAAGGUUGGCGCGCUGUUCGGAGAAGACCUGUGGCGAGCCGGCACAAUAAAGAGUAUCGCGUUUCAUCAUCAUUGUGGAAACGCAAUGGCAGAGGAGCUUUCUGCCUUCUAUUGGUAAAUUAGAGAGAGAAGAAAAUCACGAAGACAGGAAAAAAUACUAGGCAAAGGACAAGCAGGGUUCAAAAGAGAUAGCAGGGACAUUCAUCGAGUUAUCGAGCUGAGAUGGCGACAAACAGUCCCGGACAAUCGAUACAUCUAAAAUCCCCGCGAAGUCCCCGUCAGCUACCGCAACUACCUCAAAUCCCGAUCGGUGGACGCAGAAGUCCCACGCAGUUGUCUGUGAGCAAAUCACCGGGCACGCCAUUGGUUUUUGAGUUCCCUCCGGAAUACUAUCCGGAGACACCCAAUACAAAUUUCGAUUUCGAGGAGUUUGGACGAUUAAACGAGCCCGAUCGAGGACCCAGAAGUCCGAGUUAUUACGUUCGUCAGGGAUGUAGGAGUCCAAAGAGUCCGACCCCGGACCUGUUGCACUCACCGAAUAGAAAAUCUCCUAUUUUUCAAUUCUCCGAGUGUAGAAAAAAUUUAGGGAAGACUAUGAGUUAUCCGCCAAGGAGUCCGGUCUCUGUCUCGCCUAUAGUGCCAGUCAGGUCUCCUAGUUCCUCGAAUUUCGGUUCCAAAAACCUGAAAUCUUUCGAUCAUCGUAAAAGUUGUUGUUUCGGAUUGAGUGGUUCUAAAAAUCCCAUGUCUCCGACUAUCGUCGCCUCUUUGACUCACGGAUCGUCUAGUCCAAAGCACUCUGAAACGAAUAUGGAUCAUCAGAGCAACGUGAAUUACAAGACUAACGGAUCCGGAACGUCUUGCGUAGAAGGAUCUUUCCGAGAUAAAAAUGACAGUCCGAAUAGUAAGAAGGGUAGCAAGAAGAGCAGUCAUUUUAAUCGCAGUCAAGGAUGCUUAAAUGAAUCUAGCAAGAGCCAGAGCGAGAACACGGAGGAUGUUUAUGGGAGAAAUGGAAAAAAUAUGUCGAGAAGAUCGACCAGCGACUUGACUGAUAUGGGGGACGCGGAUACGGAGGUGACUUUGCUCUCUAGCCCUCGGAGAAGAGGCUCCAUGAAGGGUGGUCUCGCCUACCUCGCGUCCAGACGGGGUUCCCGCGACAGCCAGUGCUCCAAUUUGUCGAACGUCAGCAAUGAGAAUGUGGGUCCGUUGAACUUCAGCGCUCACCCCCGCGCCAGGCAACGAAGGACCUCCAAUUUCUUGGAGCUACCCGUGCCAGAUCACAUCAGGCCGCGAGUACAUAGUUUACCAGAGAAAGCGUACAAUCCGAGAGCCGGAGAGGAUCUGUAUAGACUUCGGGCAUUCAGCAUCACACAUAAAGGCGUCGUUAACCGUGGUGAUUCGAUUAUCUCGAGACGUAGCAGGAGCAACACUUCUGUCAAUAGCAGCAGAAAUAGCAAUGUCUCGGGUGAAAGAUCGCCGUUCGAAGGUUCCUGCUGCAGCGGACAAGGCGUGGGAGCGGAUAGCACGGAAAGCGAAGAAAUGGAGGAGAUCUCGAAAUAUCGAGUGGUCCUGCUCGGUGAUUCCGGAGUUGGAAAAACUGCGUUGGUUUCGCAGUUCAUGACCAGCGAGUACAUAAACACGUACGAUGCUAGCCUGGAUGACGAGUUCGGGGAAAAGACAGUGUCAAUUUUGCUGGAUGGCGAGGAGUCGGAAAUGGUAUUUAUCGAUCAUCCGCACGUGGAGAUGAGCGUAGAGAAUUCUUUGUCCACCUACGAGCCGCAUGCUUGCAUCGUGGUUUACUCCACCGUGUCCCGUACGAGCUUCCAGGUUGCGGAGGAGACCCUAAACUACUUAUGGAGGGAGCACUACACGCAGGAACGAUCAGUGAUUGUAGUCGGUAACAAGUCUGAUCUUGCGAGAAGUCGGACGAUCACGGCAAACGAGGGUAAGCAGCUAGCAACGUCGAGGGAGUGUAAGUUCAUCGAGACAUCCAGCGGUAUCCAGCACAAUGUAGACGAGCUUCUGGUAGGCGUGCUCAAGCAGAUUCGACUUCGUGAGAGCCGCGACAAGAAGCUGAAACGUCAGAGUAGCAAGAGGAAGAUUCUGUCCAAGCUUCACGGUAGCAAGACUGCGCUCAGCCUAAAUCUCGCCAGGGAGAUAUUGAACAAGAUGUGCUUGAACGACAGCAAGAGUAAGAGCUGCGAGAACCUGCACGUGCUGUAAGAGGAUAUCGCGAUCAUUGACCGACGACGUUCGAUAUUUCGCUCUGUUCCCGAUGAAUCGCAUGAGUGAGAAUAUAAAACUUCGUUGUAAACUUCAUGAAGCUCAAACGUUUCCGUCGAGUAAAGGUUGCGGUUUGCUGGUAUGUAAUGUAAAUUUCGAGAAAAAAAAAGCGGCGAAAUAUUGUUUCAAAGAGCGCGUACGUUAAUGGAAAAGUUGUUCCAGCGUGAUUGUGGUUUUUGGUUAAGAGGAUUCCGUUAAAAUCAUAUAAGCAAAUGGGUUUUAGCGAGUUUACAUUAGCAGGACGAAUAAAACGGAGGAUGGCGGAAUGGUGCAGCGAAACGAGACGUUUCUCGCGUGUAUCGAUUUUUCGUCGUGUUUUUAGUCUCAUAACGAAUUCAGGCCUACGCAUAUCGCGUCCUAGAAAGCCAAUAGAUGGAUAGAAAGCGCAAACAAGGAAACUUUCACCCUUCCUCAAUCGUGCUCUCGAAUAAUAUUUGCUCUACCCUUCUCUCGCCCGUCGGUGGUGACCGAAGUGUCGUUUACAAUUGAAGAAAACUGGUUGUGGACCAAGCAACGAGUUUUGUACUCGAAACGAGUUUCAAACAGUACGCGAGUCAAUUUGACGAGCUGUCAAUUUCUCUUAAUUUGCGAUACGAACCGCUCAUUCUUUAAUUACAUGUUCGGCGUAAGAUCUCGAAAUCGAAACCGAAGGAUGGAGGAUCGCAAAAUUUAUCGCGACACAAAUGACAGCGCGGGUGAAUUUGGCGGCUGCAUGGUACGCGGCUCGAUUAUUUAUUAGGAUCUAAUGGAUAACACGUGUCCCUCGGCUCUAGUGUUGCAACUGGCUGUGUUCUACACCGGUGCUCGUUUAUAUAUUGGGUGAUUCCUUCCAAAACAAUCGAUACGCUCGCCCCUAAAGUUGGAGGAAAAGUACCGAGCCAUAAAAACGACAGUUUUAUGGCUGAAGGUGUUAAAAGAACUCCAAGGUUUAUUACGCUUUCUCUAUGUCAUUGAGAAGUAUCGAUCGCGAUUAUUCCUAUGGUUUCUAGUUAUUCCGCCGUACUCUUGUUAAUUAUUCGAUCAAACAUUGUCACACGAUUUCUAUAUAUAAGUCGAAAUUUCCUAGGGAACCAUGUCGAACGUUUUACAUAAAUUACUCUGCAUUCGAUUGUUUGGUGGUAAAACGCUAUCGCACUGUUUCUCUCGCGUGUAACGCACACACACGCGUACAGAAACGAAGAAAGAGAGAGAGAGAGAGUUUUCCGAUAAUUGCGGCUACGCGAUAUAUCAGCUUCAAUUAAACAACUUCCAUUAAUUGAGAUAAAAACGGCUGAUCAUCGUUUACUUUCGGAACGAAUUGUGUCAAUGCGAAAGUUAGUCGUCGAAUCGGCUCCAAUCGUUCCUCGUCCGGUUCGAUUUUCAGAGAGGAUACGUUUGCCAAGCGAGCAAAAACGUUGUCGACGGCGUGUCAUUAAUUUAUUAAAUUAACCGGGCCAACGGAAGGUGUAAACGACGUUGCUUUUCGUCGUUGACGAUCAUUUCGUUUCUGAUAAACGUGGAAUUUCACUUUGAGGAUCGGCGUCAGCCGAUCAAAGCUCUCGGUUCGUUUCGUUGGACGCUGGUUUCGUCCAAUUCGUGCGACGCUGGACGUCUCAACGCUUCUUAUUAUACGAUAUCGUGUAGAAAUAUAAUGUAACGUUAAUAGUUUAGCGAUUAUAUAUGGAAUAAGAUAUUCCAGGAAAACUCUAGAUUACUUUGAAGAUCUUAAUUCGAGAAUUCUAUUUCUGAAUUCGUACCAUUAAUAUAAUAGGCAACUGUGACUAAAAAGAAAAUUUACUAGAAAAAUCUUUCUGAAUAAUUUUUAAUUUGUCUUCCAAAGAUAGGAAAGGCGCGCAUACGAUUUUCGUUUUGUUCGUUUCCCGCGAAACGGAGCUUCGGCCGCGAAAGCUGGUAUCGCGUAUUUCAGGGAAGUAUUUAUAGGAUUGUCGAAGUGAAAAAAAAAAGAAAAUAAAAAAAAAAAGAAAAGAUUCAAUCGAGUAGGGACGGCCUAAAAACGUACAAGACGGAUGGAGAACGGUCUCCCCGUCGAUAUAUUUGCAUGUAGAUUUAUCAUAUUAUUAAUGUUGUUUUCGAAAAGGCCAGCUGAUCACCGGUAACGAUCGAUCGUUACAGUGAUUUCAGGAUAUUAUGAAUAUCUGUAAAUUGAAAUAAGCGCUUCACAUAUCGAGCAGCGACUUCUAUAUGGUAGAAAACAAUCGAUUAUACGUAUUUUAAUCGUAAACAUUCACGUGUCCUGAUUAUCACAGUCUGACCUCUGUCUUAGAUCAUUGUCAAUUCGUAAAGAGUUCGUUAUAUUUUCUCAAGCAUCGUUCGUGAACGACAACAAAAUCCGUUACAAAUGUUGUUAAUCGUCCUAUAAAGUCGUGGAUAACUCAGAGCUACGGAUACCCCGAAAGGCUGGUCUAUUUUUAUAUACACAAGCUCGUCCAAUACGUUUUAUUACGAUCUGUCAUCCACACGAUCGACGUUUUUCUACUCUGUAAGAAUGACUCUACAUACACGAAAAACUCGUGCAGGGAGCGAACGUAUCACUUUUUUCUUCCGUCUUUUUUCAGAAAAUAGGCGUUAAAUCCUUGGAUGGCGCGGACAAAAGAUUUAAGAUUCCUAUAGUUUACAGGAUUUAUUGUACAUCUCGCGAAGAAUCCCUGCACGUUUACACGACAAUCAUAUUUUGUUAUUUAUCGUGUUGUAUUCUAUAUCUGUGGUAGGAUUUAGGCCUUAGAUGUUUAUGUCGAAAUAAAAGCAAUAUACAUAACCAGA